UUGAAGGUCGUGGUUUGUACUUCCGGGGCUCGCUGCCUUCCAGGACUAUUUCUUGCGCAGAAUCUCUCUCCUUCGCUCCUCUUACCUCCAGCAAGCCGCAGGUUUCGUUUAGUAACUUUUCCACGGCCUUUCGAAACCCAGUUAUUUACCAGCAUGUCUUCUGGAAACGCUCAGAUUGGCAAGCCCGCCCCAGAGUUCACAGCCACAGCUGUGGUGGAUGGGCAAUUCAAGGAAAUCAAGCUGUCAGACUACAAAGGGAAGUACGUGAUCUUCUUCUUCUACCCCUUGGACUUUACCUUCGUGUGUCCGACUGAGAUCAUUGCCUUCAGCGACCGAGCAGAGGAGUUUCGCAGCAUUAACUGCGAGGUCAUCGGCUGCUCCAUUGACUCCCACUUCACCCACUUGGCAUGGAUCAACACACCAAGGAAACAGGGAGGGCUGGGUAAUAUGAAAAUCCCCCUUGUUGCAGACCUCACAAAGUCCAUUUCCAGAGAUUACGGCGUGUUGAAGGAGGAUGACGGCAUUGCAUUCAGGGGUUUGUUUGUGAUCGACGAUAAGGGGGUCUUGCGGCAGAUCACCAUCAACGACUUGCCCGUGGGUCGCUCCGUGGAUGAGACUCUGCGUCUGGUGCAAGCCUUCCAGCACACCGACAAAUAUGGAGAGGUUUGUCCUGCCGGCUGGAAGCCUGGGAGCGACACGAUCGUCCCCGACGUGGAGAAGAGCAAAGCUUUCUUCUCCAAGCAGUAGAUUCCCAAGAGCUUCUGUCCAUCUGAUUCUUCGUGAGCUCAGCACUUGUUUUUUUUUUUUGGUUUUUUUUGGAUCAGGGGUUAUCCCUGUGAAGCACUAAAGCGUCCAGAUCUAACCCAUUAGAACAAACUAUUCAACUUGUUAAAGCUCCUCUGCAACUGUUAUCCUUGUAUGUUCACGCUACAGUUGAUGGGAUAACCUCAUAGUCUCACGCACUGAAAGUUUAUAGUUUUGUUCCCCCCUCUUUAUUUUUUUUAAUUUUUUUUAAAGGUUAUAUUUUUCCCCCUGGUUUCAUUACCAAUUUGUUACCAUCUUUAUUAAAACAUUA